UAAUGCACUACUGUUGACCUCAGGAUUCAUCCUUGCGAAGCGCUCUAAACUGGCUAAAGCGUGGUAUGUUAAGUAAUCUGGUGGUACGGGAAAUGUUUUGUGCUAGGGCUUUAGGGUUACGACAUAAAUCAUCUAAUGAAAAUGUGAAACACCUAUUAAACAAUUUCGACAAAUUGCAGGUGUAUUUGGGACUUUGGAAGAAAUCGUUUAUUCCCAUAGAAAUCACUAUUUGAACCUACUCCAAAAAUCGCUUAAAAAUAAUCACACGUUGAGGUUACGACUGAUUAUAAUUUUCCAUGCAUUAAUAUUUGUUGUGAUAACUAAUUGGGUCCGUUUUCGUGAUACUAUUUUAUACUUUGUCUGUUUCAAUUUUGCAUACAAGAUAGGCGUUCACUUAGUCAGUGCAGUAUUUUAAAGUAUGUGUUUGAACCUGUAUGUGUAAUUUCAGUUUCAAUGUGCGACUGUCGAUAGUCGUGUAACUGAGUAUUUAUAUAGUCACACUAUCAUGGGCUGUAGCACGUGUAUCCAUGAUGUGAUCCGCAGCAUUUCGAAAUUUUAUACAGACUUGAAUCGCAUGUGAACUGCUCCUUAUAGUCCAUGUGCUUUUAAAUAACCUAAUAAGUCUUUUUACCGAAAGCAUUUCAAUACCUAAAGGUUCGAACAAACUUACUACAACGGCAGACGAUAUGAAACUUUUUAUACCCAGUAUACAAAGAUCCAUUAAGAUAACCAAGUACUGCAAAUAACAAGUGUUAGGUACAUAUUAUUAACGUCGUUUUUCUGUAUAUUAACAAGUGAUUUUUGUAUUUCAGAUUGUGACAUCCUGGGCAAACAAUCACUUUGGGAAAAAUGAUAAAAAUGGAAGAAGGCGACGGCUGCCAUGUCGAUCAAGACCAUCCACAAUUUACUUUUGAAGAACAAAUACAGUUUGUCGGGUCCUUUGCUCAGCCCUUGGCUUCCGAGAAAUUGACAAAACGUUUAUUUAAGCUUGCUCGAAAAGCUAAACGUGUAAAAAAGACGGAGGUUGGCAUAAAGGCAAUUCUUAAAGCAGUAGAAAAGAAAGGAGCAUCAGGCAUCGUUGUGUUAGCUGGCGAUAUUUCUCCAUUUGAUCUCAUAUCACAUGUGCCGUUAGUAUGUGAAGAACACGAUAUUCCUUAUUGUUAUGUUCCAUCAAAGUUUGAUCUCGGUGCAUGUGUAUCAUCAGUUACUCCCAUACCCAUUGUUUUCAUAACACGUGAUGAGCAGUAUGGUGACUUGUACGAUAAAUGCUACACAGCUGUUGAUGCAUUGCCCCUGCCUUUGUAAGAUUUUUAUAAUAAAAGAUGCUUUCUUUGACG